GGCAUCGCACAGAACAGAAUCAACCCUUCCUCUUCUUCUUCCCAACGCACCAAAAACCAGCAGAACGCACUCUCCACAAUACGGGAUCUCUACAAUUGACAGCCAUUAUUUUCUCCAACCCAUCGAUACAUCAUUUGCUUUCGUUUCAGAGAGAAAGAACAAGCAAACACAAUGAACGACCAAAGCGAUCCCCCGCGGCGACAGAACCGCACCAACAUUGGUACUUCUCCCAGGAACAAGGACGACCCGUUCUGCGAUCUCGAGUACGAUUUUGGCAGCCACCCCAAACGGUUCUUUGACGUCCAUGUCGACGUCGACAUCGAAGCGGAACACGAUGACCACGAUGAAACGGUGCACGACCAGCUGCCCUCUGUUGAGGACGCAAAAAUGUACAACGCGACCGCAAACCGUCGCACGCGGAGGAGGCGCGGCCGGGUGUUCACGAAGAUGGCUCUGGUGUGCGGGGUGGCGAUCGCUUGCGUUUCGUACGGCAUACACGCCCGAACGAAAAACCAACAUCGAAAGGCCGUGGCCUCUCUUACAGAAACCGUUCGCCUGUCCCAUCCUGACGCCUUUCGAGAUUCCGGUUCUCCCCAGUCCAGGGCCCUCCGGUGGAUGCUCCACGACGACGGCCUUCGGUUGCCGCUUCCUUCGAAUCGGACCGAUCCCUUUGUACAGAGAUACAUCAUCGCAGUCCUUCUAUUUGCUCUGACGGAUUCGACGACGAAACCGUUCAUGCCGCAGAACGAUCUGCGAGGUGCCUACGAUCUGUUGUCGGGAUCCCACGAGUGUGAAUGGAAUAUGGUUGACGCAGAGGGCGUGACAACAGGCUUUCUUUGUGGAAACGACGAUGGAAGCAUCACGGACAUCGUCUUGCCGGGGGCCGACCUCGACGGAGAGCUGCCCCGCGAGGUUGAGGCUCUGAACCACCUCGAAUCAGUAGACAUGAGCGGGAACCUGAUUCACGGAAGGCUACCGGCUAUGCCCUAUCUAACAAAUCUCGAUCUGGCCUACAACCGGCUCACGGGAUACUUGCCGGAUCACUUUUCGGAAAUGACACGGCUCAACAUUCUGAGUUUAUCGGAAAAUGCCCUACAGGGCUCGAUCCCGAAUAAGUUUGCCGCACUCACCGAUCUGAAAAUCCUAGCUCUGAACGGAAAUCAAUUGACGGGGGGGCUGGAAAAAAUUUACUCGCUGUCGAAACUAGAAGAAUUGUACCUUUUUUCGAAUUCGUUCGAGGACCAGCUGUCCAAUGGGUCCUUUGGAAAGCUAGUGAACCUCAAAGUGAUCGACGUGAAGAACAAUCUGCUCUCUGGACCACUCCCGGAUGCCCUCUUUUCGACUCUGACGAAUCUAGAAGUCAUCGACUUUCACCAGAACGCACUCAAUGGACACAUCAACGAUGUGGUUGCGAAAGGGCACUCUCUCAGAUACAUGGACGUCUCCUCCAACCUGCUAAGUGGUGGCCUCCCCUCGUCCAUCAACAAUUUGCGAGCCCUGACGCACCUGGAUUUAUCCUACAAUCGCUUCGAGAAAUCCCUACCGUCGUAUCUAAAGGACAUGACCCAAAUGCAGACUCUGCUAUUGACGGAAGACGACGGCCUCGGGCCGCAAACCAUCCCCGAAUGGCUCCGGGGGAUGACCGAUCUCACUCAAUUGUCCUUUCGCCUUACCUCGCGAAAGGGUACGAUACCCACCUGGUUUGGGGAGUUGAAACGCCUCGAGCUGUUGGAUCUCGACUGGAACCACAUCUCGGGAACAAUUCCAACCGAGCUAGGCAACCUCACGAACCUCAAAUACCUCAUGCUGAAUCGGAACAGGAUGACGGGGACCAUUCCCACCGAGGUUUCGCGUCUCCCAAACCUGAAAAUGCUCAUGGUCGACACCAACGAGUUUACAGGCGGCCUGCUGACGGGCGACGAAGAGACCCUGGACGGCGGAGGCGUUGUUUGUGCCGCGCAGGAACUGGACCGCAGAAUCCCUAACAUGGUUGCCGAUUGCGGCAACGGUGACGAUGGAACCAUUGAGAAUGGACAGAAGGAAGUAGACUGUCCUUGUUGCACCGGCUGCUGCUGGGACGGAUCCCUUCGGUGCAACAUGAAGGACUGGAUCAUCGAGCUGGAAGACGAGUAUCGAAGCGGCUACCGACAAGACCGAUAGAUAGAUGGUGCGCGAUCCUGCUUGUCGUUUCGGCGUGGCGUGGCGUCGCGUCGCGUCUCGAUACGUGCUCUGGAGGCUGUCGUUGGAAAAACCCAAGAGAGUUCAGCGCAAUCACAAACGUAGGGUUACAGUCGAUUCGUGAUGCACCUCUGCAUCGACAAAUAAAUUCUAGCCUAAUUUGAAAAAUAAAAUAUACCGGUAACA